ACGUGAGGUCAUGGCCACGGAUUCGCACGAUCACCAAUGGCUUCCGCGUUUGUGAAGCUUCCUGACAAUCCUAUAAAUCAGCCCAGGUUUACUCUUCGGAGCCGAGUCGCUCUUUCAGUCGUAGAAACUACACCUAUCUGUACGGAAUACAGAACGCAGUCGCGUUUUCACGGGCGAUCCUGUAACUCUCGUUCGUCAGGAUGGCUGCCGUAGCAGAGGGCAGAGAAACGGUGGUUCAAAAGGGUUUGUCGGAGUGGUGGGGCGAGGAGACAGAGUACGUAUUGCAGAGGAUCGAGCGUUGGGCGGCUUUCGCCCGCGGUUACAAUCGUCUACGAUCGCAGAGGUGGUCCAAGGAUCGGCAACAGGCGCACGAACAUUAUCAGGACUCUUCGUGGAACGUGUUGACCCGGAAAUCGAGCAUCGACGAAACGACCUGUCCGUCGCGGUUCCACAAUCUCGAGCGAUCUCGACGGAAAGCGCAGCCGGAGGAGACCAAGAUCAACUGCUGCGGCACUUUCAACUAUCAGUCGAACAGCGAGCUGGACAGCAACUGCUUGGAGACGUACCGGUACGACCAUAGCAUCUACUUCAAGACCAUCGGUGACAUCAGGAACGACAGGAGGGACGUCGGGAACUGCGACGUGGACAGAGUGUCCAUCAGCAGCGAGGAAUUAGUGGAGUGGGAUGCCAGCUCUCUCACCGACCUCUUAGCCGACAAACCGAUCGCCGAGGAAACUUACAACAACAAUUAUCUAGACAAUAGCACCGUUCCCGAAACCGUUCUCGAGAUGAAAACGAUCCGGACAACGCAGAACGUUUGGCCGAUCGUGGAUCUGACUAAACUUAAUAUGAAUUUGACGGACUCUGAUGAAUCGCGACUGCCCCGUUCGAUUAAUCAGAAUGAUCGACGAAGAUACGAAGAACAACAGGAGAACAACAAUGUAGAGACUCCGAAAGUGGAGCACGCGGAUUCUAAGACGUGGAGGAAUAAGGAGGAUCGGAAGGACGAGGUUCCAAAGAUCUUGAGAGAAUGAAAAGAUUUCGAAUGUUCUGGAAGACAGGCCGAUC